AUGUCUUUGACUCUUGACUUUUUGCUUCCUCCCCCUCCUGCUUCAUACAAGGCUGAUCAAGCCUCUGUUGUUCACGGCUCUUUGAGUGCCCCUACCGACCGUCUCAUUGAACCCGUCGGUCGCCACUUCCUUGCUCAUGCUCGCAGAAAGACUCACAACCGUACUUUCUCUGAAGACGAGAUGCACCAAGCUCAAGAGAAGGCCAACCAAGUCGUCGAGGAAGAGACUGUUGAAUUCGAGUACGAAGAUGUCGAUAUCACCACUGUCAACCAAGACCCCACCCAAUGGAAGUCUCAAGAUAACUAUGCUGUCCUUGGUUUGACCAAGCUUCGUUACAAUGCCACUGAAGAUCAAAUCAAGAAGGCCCAUCGUCGCAUGGUUCUCUUGCACCAUCCCGAUAAGAAGGCUGACAAGAACGACGAUGCUUUCUUCAAGUGUAUUGCCAAGGCUUACGAUACCUUGAUGAACCCUGUCACUCGUCGUCAAUACGAUUCCGUUGAUUUCGGUAUGGCCUGGUUGGAGGAAGAUGCUCCUACUGCCAAGACCCAGGGCGAUUUCUACGAAUUAUGGCGUCCUGUCUUUGAGCGUGAAGGUCGUUUCUCCACCAAGCAACCUGUUCCCUCUCUUGGUGAUGCCAACUCCUCCAAGGAAGAGGUUGAGGCUUUCUACGACUUCUUUUACAACAUUGAUUCCUGGAGAACCUUUGAAUGGCUUGAUAAAGAAGGUGCUGAGGGUUCUGAUAACCGUGAUGAUAAGCGUUACCAAGAAAAGAAGAAUCGUGCUCAACGUGCUCAACUCAAGAAGGAAGACAAUGCUCGUCUCCGUACUCUUGUCGAUACUUGUUUGAGUGUGGAUCCUCGUAUUGCCAUCUUCAAGGCUGAAGACAAGAAGAGAAGAAACGCCAAGAAGGAUGCUAAGGCUGCUGCUGAUAAGGCUGCUGCUGAGGCUGCUGCAAAGAAGGCUGAGGAGGAGAAGCUCGCUGCUGAAAAGGCUGAAGCUGAAGCUAAGGCUGCUGCUGCUGACUCUAAGAAGGCCAAGGAGAUGGCUAAGCGUGCCAUCAAGAAGGAGAAGAAGACCAUUAAGGCUAUUGUCAAGGACAACAACUAUGCCUUAGCUGCUGAUGCUGCUCCUGCUACUCCUGCCGAGAUUGACUCUCAAUUAUUCAAGUUGGAUGAUAUCCUCGCCAAGAACAAGACUGCUGAGCAACUUGAAGCUCUUCGCAAGUCUUUUGAAAAGGCUGUUGCUGACAAGAACCUCAACGAGGCCUUCACUGCUGCUCUCUAA